AUGUCAUUCGCCGACCCUACACACAGCCGCAUUUUGGCUGAGACUAUCAACGCCCUCGAAAAGGCAGAGAGAAACAGUCUUGAUCCAAAUGGAAGAGACACUCCCCCUAUUUUUCGCGAAACAGCCAAACACAUCCCGUCCCUCCUGGCCUACUUCGGAAAAUGCAAGCAACAGCUUAAUGAAACUAUGAUGACCGAAGAGCUCCCUCAAUCAACGAUUGACGCUAUGGAAAUUUGCGAGGGGAACGCUACCCGCGUAAAUGAGAUCUUCUCAGGUGUUGUGGGAAGUUCAAAUGCAGUGGAACAGUACCGGAAGGUUGCACGAGGAGACCAAUUAGAAGUUUUAAUGAAGGAAAUCCUUGAGAAUGCGAUUAAAAUUUCGGAGAUCAGACAACUUGCUGUCAUAAGGGGUGUGGAGGUUCAAAAGCUCAGCACUGCUUUAGGUCGGUUUACUGAGAUGUCUGCGUCGUCACCUGAAGUCCAGUCGCCGUAUUCUUUCUACAACUCUGGAAAUGGGCAUCAAAAUAUCAACACUAGCACGGGGCACCAGUACAACAACUCUGGACCCGGAAAUAUGUUUACUGGUGUGAUUCACGGUUUCCAGAUGUCCAAAUAA